UGUUUAUCAGAAAAGGCAUCUCAAGUAGAGGAAUUCAGUUUCUGAUUUCAGUUGGUGCAGGGUUUUGUUUUUAAUCAAGAGUUCAAGAUAAAUGGUUGGAGUAGGGGAACUUAUUGCAGGAGCUGCUCUGGGAUCCCUAUUUGGAAAGCUGUACAACGGCGUCAGGAAACUACUGAUCAACAAGUCCACACAGUUCACGCCCCUACCCGAAAACAUCAAAUCAACGCUCCACUCUCUACAUCCCCUGAUCAAACAGAUAGAGCACCACAACAUCGAAUUAAGUCUCUCAAACAAGGAAGUUGAGGAUUUCAAAAAGGUGAUCUUCAAGGGCGUGGAGCUGGUUGACAAGUUGUCGAAAGUUCAAAACUGGUACAAUAACCCCAGCUACAGAAACCAACUUCAGGAGCUGGAUCGAUCCCUAAAGAGGCAGUUAGAGAUACUGACGGCGGAGGGAGUGAGGGAUGGGAAGGAGACGUUGGUUUUGGCGAGGAAGAUCUUGCUUUCGGUUUGGAACAUGCAGACGGCGUUCAAUGCAGUUCAUGAGUCGUGGAUGGUCAUCAUGUUUGUUCUAUGUUUGGCAAGCAUGGCGUUCAUGUUUAUUGUUGUCUCAGGGACAGCAAGUUGGUUUGUGUUUGGUGUAACUGGCAGUGGUGUAUGUUUAUCUUAUCGUCAUGGAAACCCUAGUAGUAUCGGUAAUAUAUUUGAUGAUAAAGGAGAGCAUGCCCGAAAGGCGCCAAUCAAAAACUUUUGGGAAGAGUUUUGA